AUGGAAUCUAUAAAUGUUGUGGUUGGUGAUGUCCACAAUCAAGCAGAUGUCACAGAGGAUGUCGGAACAUUCUGGGAAUUUACAGCUGAAGGAUCUACUAAAGAAGAUGAUUGUAGUCCUACUAUCACAGAGUCUGAAGCUGAACCUCCUAACAAAGGUCCAUCUAUAAAGGUUCAAAAAGAUCAUCCUAGUGAACUUAUUAUAGGAAAUAUCAACAGUGGAGUUACUACAAGCAUUCACUCUACUUCUCUGAUUCGCUGCAUUCACAAACCUCUCUCCAUCAUUCCCUUCUCUCUCAACAUGUCUCAGUCUCCUCCCUCGAAGAACACUAAUCCUUGCUCUGAAACUGCAUCCGACUCUAGGGCUCCAAGUAUGGUAGGUGAUCAGGAUGUCGUGCUGGAUGUUGCGCCAUUGAACUCGGUCCCAGCCAUUGAUCCUGUUGGCAGUAUUCCAAGAAAGAUGCAUGCAAGAAAAUCAACUGGUGGGUCUGUUCCAGAAACAUUUUCUGCUCAGAAUAAAGAAGGGUCUGCUUAUGUCCACAAUGCGAUCGCAGGUCUUGUCACAAGAAUCUUGAAUGAAGGUCACAAGGUAGCAGGAAUAUCUGUCCCUUUAGCCCAAGUUCCUGCCCCUGAGAAUAGCAAAGAUGAUCAAGUUGAUGCUAGCAAAGAUCAUGUUAAUGUUGAGACAUCUGAAGCCAACAAUGUUGAGGGUUCUGAUGCUAAAAAUGCUGAUGCAUCUGGAGAUAAAGAUGCUGAGACUCUUGAAACGGAGAAAGCUGAAGAGGUCAAUGCUACUUCUCCUAAAGAGAAGCCUACUUUCCCUAUUGACAGUGUAAAUGAUAUGGUGGAUCUGGAUAAUCUUGAUGAUCCUAUUGACAUUGCUGAUGAUGACCUCAUCUCCAGCAUUUCCAACAGAGUCAAGGCUCGAAGGGGAAAGCAGGUUGAUGAUCAAUAUCCUCCCAAGACAAAGGUUGCUCCUCUGAAGAAUGUCACCAAAGAAAAGAUCAAGAAGGUCCCUGCUGAACCUUCAAGAACUGGAAGCAAGGUUGCUGUGAAGAAAAGAAAAGAAAGAAGUGUCUCUGACUCCGAAGACAAUGUCCUAAGUGAUGUCCCUGACAUCUCAUCAAAGAAGAAGAUUGCUGUCACAAAAUCCUCCACAAAGGUCCGUGAUGUUCCCUUGGACAACAUUUAUCUGCACUAUGCUUCAAAUGCUAUCCAGUGGAAGUUUGUUUAUCAAAGAAGGCUGGCUCUGGAAAGAGAACUUGCAAAUGAUGCUCUGGAAUAUCAAGAGGUCAUGAAGCUCAUCAAAUCUGCAGGUUUGCUUAAAACUGUUACUCAUUUUUCUAAAUGCUAUGAAAUGCUCGUGAAGGAGUUUAUAGUGAAUUUGUCUCAAGAUUGUGCUGAUGGGAAAGCUGAGGAUUUUCAUAAGGUGCCUACCAAUCACACUUCUACCAUUGUUGUUGGCCUAGGAAGAUUCAUAUAUGCUGUGGGAACCAAGACAAAAUUUGACUAUGGGACUUAUAUAUUUGAUCAAACUAUGAGGCAUGUUGGUACCUCUGCUACCAAGCUUCCCAUUGCUUUUCCAUCCCUGAUAUGUGGGAUAAUUCUCAAGCAACACCCUGGAAUUCUGAAAGCUAAAGAUUCUGUAUGUAAGAGGGAGAGUGCUUUGUCUUUCCACUAUAAGUUGCUCCAAAGGUCAGAUGACAUGACAUCUGCUGGGACAUCACAACCCAGCAAGUCUGUGAACAAAACCUUUCUCAUUGCUGAGCUGAAAGAGACUUGUAAAGAGUUGGACAACAGGAAGAUGAAGCUUGAAAAGCUCAUUCAAAGCCUUGAGCAGUCUGCAGAGGAUGAUCAUGCUGGUGGUAGUGAUGGUGACAAUAUGGAUGAAGACAAAAAUGCUGAUAGUGGUGAUGAGGAAGAGGCUGAGGAUGGUGAAGAUACUGAAGAUGUUGGGAGUAGUGAUGCUGAUGAAGAGAAUAGUGGCUCUGGUGAUGAAGAGAUUGGUGACUCUAGUGAUGAAGAGACUGAUGGUUCUGACAAUUAG